AUGGAAGCAGCAGCCGUUAUGCAGGUGCAAACCAAGCACUACCCCAAGGACUGCCUGCUGACUGUCAUGGACCGGUACUCGGCCGUGGUGCGCAACAUGGAGCAGGUGGUGAUGAUCCCCAGCCUCCUGCGGGACAUGCAGUUUAGUGUGCACGGGCACCAGGCCCAGGACGGGGCCCCUGAUCUCUACAACUGCUUCACUAUGCUCAAGGCCAUCCGCAUGGAUGUGGACCACGGGCUGCUGCCCCGAGAGGAGUGGAGGUCCAAGGUGGUGAGAGACAGGGCCAGUGAGGCUGAGAAUGAAGCUGCGAAGAUGGAGGAGUCUGAGGAGGAGAGGAUCUUGGGGCAGCUGGACCUGGAAGCCCAGUUCCGCCUGCACUUUUCCAGCCUUCAUCACAUCCUCACCCACCUUAUCCUGAAAGCUGAGGAGGUGACAAGAACAUACCAGGAGAUAAUAGGACAGGCCAAGUAGGCCUCGGACUCUAGGGAAGAUCUCUUUAAGUGACAGAGGGCAGACUCUGAUGAGGCCACGGAACAGCUCACUAGCUCUGAUGUAGACCAGAGGGGCCUGGACCUGCAGCUGGAAAAGCAAAGGCGACUUGGUUCUCUGGGAUGCUUCCCUCCCUCCCUCUGAGCACCGGCUUGUGGACUUGGCACCAGGUCACCCUUAGGAUGCUUGUUGUUAUUCACAGCUCCCCUCACCCUCUUACCAGCUCAGGGUGGUGGCCGAUGCUUCAUGAGGGGCGAGAUAUUACCUGGACAGUGUGGUAUGGUAGAAAGGAUGUAGGUUUUAGCACCUGACCGAAAUUCAUAUCCUUUCUCCGGGAAGUCAUUCACCACAUGAUCUUUAUUUAACUCAUUGGACCCUAAAUUUCCUCAUCUAUAAAAUGGGAUAGUAUGACCUCACAAGACUCAUAGAAAUUAAUGAUGAUGAAUCAAAAACACCUGGCAUUGUGAGUGCUAAUGCUAUAGGUUGACUUUCUCUGACCCUUACCAUGUGUUUGCUCUAGCCCUUGCUUUUUACCCUCCAGAACUAAAGGGUAGUAAAGUCCCUUGGGAUGAAUGGUUCGCACUCUUGUACCUGCCAAGCAUAAGUGAACUAUAAGAUAUGUGUUCCAGCAAUAAAAACCCCCAAAACUUUGUA